GCUUAAUACAAAGCACUAUAUAUACACUUGUAUCUUCCAUUAGUUUCCCACCACAACUACAAAACAUUCCAAUACACAACACACAAAGCACACACUUUUUCUUUCUUUUAAACCCCAAUUGCAAGAGAAAAUGGCGAAAGAGUCCACCACCAUCGACGUCGGCGAGCCAAGCACUGUUACCAAAAGUUCAAGCCAUGUCGUAAAGGACGCGAAGAAGAAGGGCUUUGUGGCAGUCGCCUCAAGAGGUGGUGCCAAGAGAGGUUUGGCUAUAUUCGAUUUCCUCCUCCGUUUGGCGGCCAUAGCAGUCACUAUUGGGGCUGCCUCUGUCAUGUACACCGCCGAGGAAACUCUUCCCUUCUUUACUCAGUUCCUCCAGUUCCAAGCCGGUUACGAUGACCUUCCUGCGUUUCAGUACUUUGUGAUAGCCGUAGCCGUAGUCGCUAGCUAUCUCGUCCUUUCACUUCCAUUCUCCAUCGUAUCCAUUGUCCGUCCACAUGCUGUCGCGCCCCGGCUGAUCCUCCUCAUUUGCGAUACUCUGGUCGUGACGCUCAACACAUCAGCAGCAGCAGCGGCAGCAUCAAUCACCUACCUUGCACACAACGGCAACCAAAGCACCAACUGGCUCCCUAUCUGUCAGCAGUUUGGAGACUUCUGCCAGAACGUUAGCACCGCGGUUGUGGCUGAUUCUAUCGCGAUUCUCUUCUUCAUCGUUCUUAUCAUCAUCUCAGCCAUCGCCCUCAAGAGGCAUUGAUUUCAUCUUUAAGUGUCAAGAUCGUAAUGUACUUGUUGUAUAUGUUUGUGGCUUUGUGUAACAUGAGAAUUGGUAUUAUUGUGUGAAAAUGUAAUUGAAGUUGUUUUAUGUUUUAAAGAAAUUUGUCUUUUCUUUUGGUUCAACUUAAAAGCU